AGAUGCAAGGAGAAAAGACGAAGCUUCAUUUUGCCUGUUGUCGAGGAGAUCCGAAAGAGAUCAUUCAAGCUGUUAAGGAGGGGAUUUCAAUCAAUGCUGUGGACAAUAACAUGUGCACACCUCUGCAUGUAGCUGCCAGAUACAAUCACGUCGAAGUAUGCCGUUUCCUCAUGAGCCAAGGAGCAGACCCCGACAUGCGAGAUGCGGCCGGUAGGACGCCAGCACAAGUCACCAAGUCCCCGGAAACCAAAGCGUUCUUCGCCGAAGCAGCUGCGAAUCCUUCAGUCUACAUGCGAGUCCCUGCUAGCGACUCCACGCCUGUCAUGAGCGCGCGAGACGCGCCAUUUGUUGAUGCAGCAGUGGAGGAUCAGGGCCUGGAACUCUGACAGUGGACACACUCAACAAGCGAGUGGGAUAACAUCUUUGCUCGCCUUCGACGACUUUCGUUUGAACAAGCGUUGUUAUUAACGUGAGGCGGUUUGAAUAGUAUGGUACAAAGCGGCUCUCCCUUACCGAUUCGCAUGAGGGAGGAGAAUUUGCCUGUCGGGCACCUGGAGGGUUCGAGUGAACGUUCUUCUGAGCGAGUAAACUUACAAACCUUGG